UCAUCUUUGUUGUUUAAUUCGUCGACUUCAAAAAUCAUUCAUCGCGGCGUUUUCCCUCUAGUCUCUCUACUUCUCUCUCUCAGAGAGAAGAGAAAAACUCCGGAUUCCUCUCCGUCUUAGUUCGCCGUGGUCGAAAGCUAAAUCGUUAGCUCAAUUUCACACCGGCUCCCAAUUUUUGACCUCGCUUUGACCCAAAUCCCCAAUUCAACCCUCCCGUCUCUCGUUCACUGAAUCCUCCUGUGACAAUGGUGUUUAUCGCUUGCUAGAGUUUCUCCGAUCAACCCUUUUAAUCUCCGAAAGCGCAAUUAACCUAAUCCUCAUCAAGCUUAUCAAGAUUGCUAAUAUGGCGUUUCGUGUUUCUGUCCAUUUCUCCGGCUAUGUGGCCUUAAACCUAGCCCACGCCGGCUCCCGGCUGGGCUCCACCACCACCACUGCUACACGAUCCUUCCAUGAAUGUGUUGUUCGCCCGCGGAUCUUCUGUCACACCCAAAAACUUGAUGUCGAUCCUCCUCCAAAUUUUCAAUCCCAAACAAACCAUAGAACUUCAGUUUAUAAAUCAAUUGCUAAUGAAUUUUUAGGAGACAAUUGUUCUACCAGUCCGAUCCUUAUGGGAUUGGUGUCGUUAAUGAAGUCAACGGCAUGUGUAUCCGGUUCUUCCGCAACUAGUAUGGGUGUUUUCGGUAAUUCACCGUUUAAAGCCACUUCGAUUUUUCCCUUUCUUCAGGGAUCGAAGUGGCUGCCGUGUAACGAAUCAGUCCCGGAGAGUGACUACGUGGAUAAAGGAGGGACUAAUAAUAAUAUAAAGUAUCGUGAUAGUGGAAACGAUGAUGAUGAUAAUGUUAGCUUGCAAUUGAAAACCAAGGAGUUCGAUAAGAGCGGAAGUUGGUUAUCAAAGUUGCUGAAUAUGUGUUCGGAGGAUGCCAAGGCGGCUUUUACGGCUGUGACCGUUACUUUGUUAUUCAGGUCGUUUUUGGCUGAGCCCAGAUCGAUUCCUUCCUCUUCUAUGUACCCUACUCUUGAUGUCGGUGACCGCAUUUUGGCUGAGAAGGUCUCCUACUUUUUCAGAGAGCCUGAGGUAUCAGAUGUUGUUAUUUUCAAAGCACCUCCCAUCCUGCAGGAAAUUGGUUACAGUUCCGGCUAUGAAUUCAUAAAAAGGAUUGUGGCCAAGGCUGGAGAUUCUGUGGAAGUUCGUGAUGGACAAUUGCUUGUAAAUGGUGUUGCCCAAGAUGAAGAUUUUAUUUUGGAGCCUCUUGCUUAUGAAAUGGACCCAAUGGUUGUUCCCGAUGGCUAUGUCUUUGUGAUGGGAGACAAUCGCAACAACAGUUUCGAUUCUCAUAACUGGGGUCCACUUCCUAUUGAAAACAUUGUUGGUAGAUCAGUAUUUCGGUAUUGGCCGCCUUCCAGAGUAUCUGACACUGUUAAUUAUCAAAGUGCGAACAUGAAUGCUGUGGCAAUUUCAUAACAUGUUGCUUCCUGUCUCAAGAGAAGGUCUUAGAUAAACCUUGGUUUCACUGAGAUGCAAUUUUUAUUAUUGCUCUCUCGUGAAUGAGUUCCUGUUAAUAUUUUUCCUUUUUGUGUCAUUUUUCUGUUUAUGUUGGACAUUGUUUCAAUGUUUCAUCUGUUUAAUCAGUGUGUAAGUCUAUUGAUGGCCCAACCAUGGCCGAUGACACUUUCUUUUUUGUAAUCACAUAUUCUGACUUGCUUCCACAGCAGUGGAAAAAAAAAAAAAAUGCAAAUUUGUUGUUCUGUACAAA